AUGGAAGACCCCGCGAAAGAAGUGUCCCAGGUUGUCCAGCUGCUCACCGCCGCGGUGAGCCCCGAGGUCCAGAGGGCGGCCGUUCUCAGGUACUACACGCCCGACGCGUCGUUCCGGCACCCGGUCUGCGCGGUCCCGCCGAGCACGGCCCCGCCGUCGCGCAACGCCGUGCUCGGCAUCUACCAGUGGUACCGCGUCAUCUCCCCGCGCAUCGACCUCACCGUCCGCCGCGUCCUGCUCGACCCCGCGCACCCCACCCAUCUCUUUCUCCAGAUCGAGCAGCUAUUCCAUCUCCGCUGGUCGCCCCUCGCCCCCGCCCCGUCCCACCUCACCGUGCACCUCACCCUCCGCCCCGUGCAGGAAGACGGCGGGAAGACGCUGUACUACAUCGAGUCCCAGGAGGACUUUUACCACCCGGACGACUUGGUCGCCCUCCUCGUCCCCCCGCUCGCCCCCCUCGUCCGCUGCGCCCUCUUCCUCGCCGCCCUCCAGAGCAACAUCGGCAGGCACAUCGCCGCCAUGUUCGGGUGUUGGAGCAUCAAGCCUGACGAGGGCGGGCACCGCGGUGCCGCGCCUAGGCCCGAGGAAGCGCCUGAGGCGCCUGCUGCACCCGCCCCUGCCCCUGCGCCAGAGGAGGGCGGGGUCCGGGAGGAUCAGGAAGAAGGACCAGCGCCGACCGACAAGAAGAACGACUAG